UUUUCUUUUUUCUUUUUUAUUUGCAAGCAGGUAGAUAGGAGGUACAAUCAUUACUGCGAACAAAUGCAAAUGGUGGUAAACUCGUUUGAUCUAGUGAUGGGUUUCGGUGCAGCAAUUCCUUACACAGCACUUGCACAGAAGGCAAUGUCAAGACACUUCAGGUGUUUGAAGGAUGCAAUAACAGCACAAUUGAAGCACAGUUGUGAACUGCUGGGAGAUAAAGAUGCCGGCACUUCAGGAUUGACUAAAGGAGAAACUCCAAGGCUUAAGAUGCUUGAACAAAGUCUGAGGCAGCAAAGAGCAUUUCACCAAAUGGGAAUGAUGGAACAAGAAGCUUGGAGACCUCAAAGAGGCUUACCUGAACGCUCUGUCAACAUUUUAAGAGCUUGGCUUUUUGAGCAUUUUCUCCACCCGUAUCCAAGCGAUGCUGAUAAGCAUCUGUUGGCAAGACAGACUGGUCUCUCAAGGAACCAGGUAUCAAACUGGUUCAUAAAUGCCAGGGUGCGGUUGUGGAAACCCAUGGUAGAAGAGAUGUAUCAACAAGAAGCCAAAGAAGAAGAGGAUGAAGAUGAUGAAAGAGAGAAUAGCCAAAACCAAAACAGUGGCAAUAAUGCACAAACACCAACGCCUAAUAUGAGUAACUCUUCUUCUACUAAUAUGACCACAACUACGACAGCACUAGAAGCAGCUGCAGCAGCAGCAGAGACAGGAACAGCUGCCACUGCCACAACAGCAACAGCAGCAUCCACAUUAGGCAAAAGAUCCGAAAUCAAUGCCCCUGAAAACGACCCUUCACUCGUAGCAAUCAAUUCCCAUAUUUCCUUCUCGGAAAACCAAGCAACUUUCCCGACCAAUAUUCAUGACUCCGACGUCGCCGCUUGCCGUCGCGGCGGCAACUUCGCCGGUGAUGAUUAUGGGACCACCACCAACGCUGAUGUGGGAUCCACCAUGAUAAGAUUUGGGACCACUGCUGGUGAUGUGUCACUAACCUUAGGGUUACGCCAUGCAGGAAAUUUACCAGAGAAUACUCAUUUCUUUGGUUAAAUAUUUGAGGGUGAUGUUAAUUAUCCUUCCUUAAUUUAUACCAUAGUAAUUAAACCGAAUUUGCUUCUUGCCUCAUAAUUUAUGCCCUUGCCUGUUGUCAUAAUUAAGCUGCUUUAUGUUAGCAAGCGCUAUGAGAGAUUUACUGUAAUUGUAUAGUAGUAUGUAGUAGUAGUACAUUAUUUUUCCCACCAGCUUUUUGCAUAUUUGUACUUAGAGUGUUCUGUACCCACAUUAUCCUUUCAGGAUGUAUGAAAGCUGAUUUUGGACAAUAAAAGGACCAAUGAGACAGUAUUUUUCAUA